CUUAUGGUGUUAUUGAAGUUGUUGACGCUGGCGUUUUUAUUUCCUUCUGAUUGAAGCAUUGUUCGACUAAACAUGAAGAUUAUUCUGUCAAUUCUUGCUCUUGGACUAUUUUACGCUACUGUGGAGUCCAAAGAAUCUCCCCCCAAAGUUCAGGUGUACAGCCGCAACCCUGGCAACUUUGGCGAGAAAAACGUCCUGAUCUGUCAUGUCAGCGGGUUUCAUCCCCCGGACAUCAGCAUCCAGCUCCUGAAGAACGGCAAGGAGAUCCCCAACUCCAAUCAGACUGACCUGGCCUUCGAACAGGGCUGGCAGUUCCAUCUCACCAAGAGUGUUUUCUUCACACCGGCCGCUGAAGAAGAAUACUCCUGCAGAGUCCGUCACCUGAAGAAUCUCAAGACCUACACCUGGGAGGCGGACAUGUAAGCUUUUUGACCAGAUGAGCAGGAAAAUGGGAAUCCCUUGUUUCUUAUGCUUGGGCCCCUGAAUAGCUUAGCGGCAAAGUCACUGCAGUCUCUUGCUGCCUGGCAAUUUCCCCUACAUUUUACACUUUUGGUGUCACACUAUGCCAAUGUACAGUUUUCAAGGUGUUCACACUUUUGUUCAUGGUUGUUCAAUUGUGGGUGAGCUCUUCUAAAUGAGCUGCCAGUGUAUUUCGAAUCUUCAUAGUAAUGUCCCCGGUGUUCUUUUUCAUGGGUUCAUAUGUUGGACGAUCUCAGCCUCGUUAGAACACAAACUGGAGAACCAUGAGAAUCUACAGGCGCCUUAAAAGCACCCCUGAAGCACACAAAGAUGUGAACACAUCGUUCUCCCUGAUGCUGAAUCUGAGAACAUGGUAAUGGCCAGGACAUGCGGUCUACCAGUGCAUGCACACCUUAGAAAUGCCUUAUUCUGGACACCGGAGGUGAUAUGGAAAAUCCUCAACCCAAAAGAGGCCCAGAAGAGAUAUUAAAGGAGAAUCCAUCAGCCUGAAUCUUAAUGUCUUUUAUGCAUGCUUCAUGGGAGUAUGUAACUUCUGCAUGGCCCCUUUUCAUUUUCCUCUUAAAAACAAUAAAUGGGGAUUGAUCAGGUGUUUUAACAAUUGUUUUAGAUUUUUAUAUCCUUAUACAACUAUUUAAGCGGGAUCCUCUUAUACAGGAAUUAUUAAAUUGUUUUAUUUUGGUUUUCUAAAAAUGUUGCUAAUUUUUAUUAUCCUUCAUUGUGAGAUGCUCUUAUACUAAAUGGUUGUACUUGACUGUGAAUGAAAUGCACCUUCUGUAUGUUUAUUUUUUUUGGUAUUGUUGUUUUUCUCAAUUGAUUUUCUCAGUAGUAAUUCUUGGUGUUUUAGAAAUAGAAUUGGGACCCCUCAACUGAAUUAUGGUUUAGUAAAUUGGCAAAAAACGCAACCUUUUGAUAAUCGUAACAGCAGUCCAGCCAAACUAGAUGUGAUCUGGCCGCCUAUAUAUGUAAACCUCUUUCACUGUAAUAUGUCAAAUUAUAGGAAUCCAGCAGACUCUCCUUUAUAGAGGCCAUUAUUGUGUGUUGUAUAUCUUUAAUGUGUCUCUUUGUCUGAUAGAAUACAGAAAACAAUGUUCAAUAAAAAGAUUCUCAUUAAACAUGUUAGAAAAAUGCUCA